CGGAAAUGCGUGAAGGUGGGGCACUCCCUGUUUGGUGUGGACCAAUCAGAGGUGUCCCAUGGUCCCGAGCACUUGGGCCCGGGGACACGGGACAGCCCCGGAGGACCGGCGUCCCGGACGCGGGACCACGAGACAGUGGGACCAUUGUUAUUGGUCCAGUAGAUAGAUAUAUAUAACAACCGUGCCCACGGUUCUAGAUAGCUCUUGCUUGAUCUCUCAAGCAAGCAAUACACAUUCACUGCACUCAUACACUUU